UGCAGUGCUUGAUUUAAUUUUAACUAAAACCAGUAUUUCUUCUAACACUUGGGAUGCUAAGUAGUGUUUCUAUAGUCCAUAUAUGGUUUAUCUGAUAGAGUCAGUCUAUAAAAAAGGGCUUUCCAGGCAAAUUUCCAGACUUUUAAAUAAAUUAGAUUCAAUUUGAAACUUCAGUGCUUGUGCUUGUUUCUGUAAUAGAGUGAACUGAGAUAUCUAAUCCAAAUAGAACUCUACCUUUUAACUUAAAUCAGGUUUAUUUAUUGUAGGCAGACUGAUUUGCUGUUUUUACUAGACCUGUAAAAACAAAUUAUUUUGAUCUGCUUUUCUCUGUUUGCUUGUAUUAAUUGAUUUGUCAUUCAGAGCUGAGUAUUUUGUUAUGGAGAAAGAACUGCCUAUGAUAUGAGCAGUGUUUUCUGUGUGAGCUCUGGGGACAUUGGGGUUAGUAGUAUUUUCACAUCUAUGGUAUCAGAAGAAGAAAUUACGUGGAACUCAGAACUACUUCUCUUCCUGUGUGUGGCUUGGAGACCAAGUCUAUUUUGCUGUUAUCAGUCAACUUUUGUUUUCUGUUGUGCGAAGUCUCUUCUUGAUGUUAGAAAGAUGACUAACUUCUCUUUGAUUAAUUGUUGCUGGUGACAAAACUAGAGACUGCAAAAACUGUUACAACACUGGAAGUCUUUGAUUGCUUCUGUUUUGAGGAUGCUCUUGUGUACGUACUUUAGUCUAAUUUUGGUGGAGGGCAACUACUGAUUUUCUUUCAGGGAAGAUAAGUAAAUAGCAGGAGUGCUACUCAUCUCUUAAAGCAUUGCUUCCACACAUCUUCCUUUGAAAAGAUCCUGAAAUUCCAAAUCUAUAAGACCAAGUGAAGCUAACCAUUCUCCCAGAUCCUUUGUGCUGGCUAUCAGUGAAUUCUCCCUCCACCUGGUGGCAGUUGAAGCCAUACCCGGGACCUUGCUGAAAGCUCUCAUCCCUUUUGGAACCACUCUGCAAAGAGCAAGUUCUUUGAUGUGGAAAAAGUCAAGGCUGCUGUGACCUUGCUUGUUCAUAUUCCCUGGAUAGCAGAGACACUUAAAUGAUGCCUUGUGUGAAGACAGACACAGUUAUUUUUUUCUUCAAGAGUGUGACGCAGCAAAACCUAUCACCAAUGGAGUGAGAAGACAGGCAACACUUGAUAAACACUCAGAUCUCUGAAGAGCCCCAUUAUAUUCUCUAACGUAGUAGCCAUUGUUCUGGAUGUGGUAGACCAGUAAGUCAGCAGUUGUGAAAUUUGGGGAAAAUGGCCUGUGAGUUUAAUCUAAACUUCCUUAAGGAAUUGGAGCGAGAGGCUGUUCUGGAAGUCCUGUACCGUGACCAGAUGGUGAGAAAAACAGAGGAAGAAAGAGUAAGGAAACUGAAAAUGCAGCUGCACCAGCUUCGAUGGAAAGGGGCAAGAAAUGUAAGCCAGGAAUACCGAGAGAGGUCCUGUGCUCGCUGCCAGAAAUCCCUUGGAUUGCUGCUGAACAGAGGUGCGGUGUGCAAUGGGUGCAGCCAUCGAGUGUGCUCUGAGUGCCGCGUCUGCCUGAAUCCCUCCCUUUGGAAAUGCACCGUUUGUUAUGCUCAUGGAGAUGUGAAAGUAAAGGCUGGUGAAUGGUUCUUUGAGGAACGAGCAAAGAAAUAUCCAGAUGAAGGCAGGCAUGAAACAGCUGGUGCAAAGCUCUUGAAAUCUUAUCAGAAACUGAGUAAAAUUUCUGUUGUACCUCCAACUCCACCUCCUUACACUGAAUCCACAGCAGGAAGUAAUGCUAAGGAACUUGGACAGUCUAAAAGUUUUAAUAAAUCUGUGGAAAACUUGUUUUUGUCUCUCACAACACACAUAAAGAAGAUCUCCAAGUCCCAGAAUGAUAUGGCUGACAGAAGUCUGCUAACGACAGAUUAUGGACAUAACGUGGAAAGAAGGAAGCAGAGGAGGAGCCAGUCUGACACUGCCAUCAACAUUACAAGCAGGAAGAAAAGUACACCCAGUCUUCAAGAUCUCUUCUAUGGGGCUCAAAAUGAUAAUGACAUUCUUACCAAAAGGAAUUGCAAGCAAGAGGAAGACAUAACAACCAGUCCCACAAGUGAUGCUGUUUUCUGUGAUGGCAGGAAACAUGGGAGUUUGUAUAGUCUUAACAGCACUUGCACUGAAUCCGGCAACUUUGGCAAAGCAAACGUCACAGGAGAAAUAGAGUUUGCCAUAAGAUACAUCUUCAAGGCUUGCAUCUUAGAAAUUUGCAUCAGAGGAUGCAAGAAUCUGGCUUAUGGAGAGGAGAGAAAGAAAAAAUGUAACCCGUAUGUCAAGGUUUAUUUACUUCCUGAUAAAUCUUCUCGGAAUAAGCGGAAGACAGCUGUCAAAAAGAACACAGUGGAUCCAGAAUUUGAUGAGACCUUGAAGUACAAGAUUGAGCGCUCCCAGCUGGGAAGCCGGCAGCUUCAGAUCUCUGUGUGGCAUGCAGGAGCACUCAAGUACAGGGUGUUUUUGGGAGAAGUGGUGAUUCCGUUGGCAGCGUGGAGUUUUGAAGACAGCUCAAUGGGGUCAUUCAACUGGUACCAGCUCCAGUCCAAGCAUGAAAAGCCUGAAGAUAAUCUUAUUCAAUACAGUGGAGAACUCCUGGUGUCUGCAAGAUUGUCGGUACCAGCCCAGUAUAAAAAUUUCCAGUUUGGAAGGUGGAUGAUGGAAGGAAAAAAAGACCAAGAAUUUUCCAACUGCCAGCUUCAGGUUAUGAUAUUUGGGGCCAGGAACUUGCCUGUGCUGAGAUCUGCUGGAACGCUGAACUCAUUCGUUAAAGGCUGUCUUCUCCUUUCAGACCAAGCAGAGUUAAAGCAAAAGUCACCUGUGGUGAAGAAAGAAGACUGUCCUCAGUGGAAACACUUGUUUGUCUUUGAUGUUACCCCAGCUCAGCUACAGCAGUCAUGUCUACACUUGACUGUCUGGGACCAGUCAACUUUUGGCUCACGUGAUCAGUUCCUAGGGGGAGUCAAGCUGGGUGCAAAGCAAUUGCUUGGUUUUGCAGACCCCAUUUCUCCGUCAGUGCUUCAGUGGGAAGAAGUGUUGCGCAGGCCAAACACGUGGAUGGACUUUACACUGAUACUGCAUUCAAAUAUGGAAAACUUUAAAUCAUGAAGAUAAUGGCCUGCCUUCCCUUCUCAGUGGGUGAUGUUCAGGGUUGGAGUGGUGCGUAUACAUUCUAAGCAUGGUGAAAGGGUACACAACAGUACCUACUUCUGUGUUGGGGGAAUUGAGUUGUAAGUUUGAAUGGUUGUGAUACUGAAGGUUUUAUUUCUCAAAAAUCUAAAGCUUUGUUAUCUUAUCUUACACUUCACCUAGAGAUAAAGGUUAAUAUUGUUUCUCAAGAGUAACAAACUGAAAGGCAUUAUGCUGACAAGGCACUAGUAGACAGAUGGUAUGCAGCUUUCUCUUUCUGGACACAGGGCUACAGUUGUUCAAACACAGAUAAGGAAUAUUGCAUAGAGAUAAAUGAUCAUUUUCUUAUUAAAAAAAAGUUAUUUCA